AAAAAUAACAAGAAAAAUUCUUAAAUAUUUCAAAGGCCAAAAACCUAACCUAAAAUAAAUCUUUGUACUUAAUUUUGAAAAAUUUUGCGCUAAUUACAAAACAAUUUCCGUAUAAUAUAAGCUUCAAUUUGCACAUAAAGUACUUAAAUUAAAUUUAUACAGAAAAUAUUUACAUAACAAAGAAAAAAAGAAAAAUAAUUAAUUAGCAUAUAAAUUGCUGCUGAAAGUGUUAUUAACACAUUAUCUUCCCGUGUUUGAAAGCAAGCAAACACAUACACUCACACUCUCCCACACACCCAUUCACACAAGUCCAAUAAGGUGACUAAAAACAUAUUUUCUCGCACUAUAAAAUUUAAAAUAUUUUAUUAAACUCAACAAACAACUUAAGCUAUAAAAACACAAACAAGGAAAACAACAAAACACCUCAGCGUUUUAAAAGCAAAAGACAGUCGACGUAGAAGAGCAGUGCGGAGCGAAGCUUAAUCACUUAACUAUACACUUGAGUACCAAAAAAAAAUCUCAAUUCUCCAGUGCGUAACUCUGCAAUUGUCACUAGAAAAGCGCACGCAAACUAGCUCAUACACACAAGCAAGCACAUACACAUAUAUAUCUAUAUAUAUAUAUACAUAUAUCUUUAAUUUGGGGUACGAAGUCGUAAAUUAAUGAGCAACAUGCGUCAAAAAGAUUUACGCCCAGCACCUGCUCUUAUUGAGUUUAAGGGCAUGAAGUUCCUAAUCACCGAUCGGCCAUCAGAUGUAACCAUCCAUCAUUAUAUAACGGAGCUCAAGAAGAAUAACGUCAGCACGGUUGUGCGCGUUUGCGAGCCCAGUUAUAAUACCGAUGAGCUAGAGGCUCAAGGCAUCACAGUUAAGGAUUUAGCUUUCGAGGAUGGCACUUUUCCGCCACCGCAAGUGGUUGAUGAAUGGUUCGAGAUUUUGAAGCAAAAAUUUAGCAAUAACAACACCGUUACUCACUCUUCAAGUACGCCGUCGACGCUUAGAAAUGCAUCGGUUUCAUUUUAUAAAAAUAAAAGAUUUUCCUUUAAACAAAAACAUAAUCGAAAUGAUUAUGAGAAUUUAGAUAAUUAUAAUGCAAUGAACAACAACAGCGCCAAUGACGGCGACAAUGAUAAUGAAACAUCGACAGCCGAUGCAAAUGCCAAUGCUAUGCGUAGUCAUGAUGAAUGCGAUAAUAAUGAACAUGAAAAUGCCACUUGUAGGUAUCAACAAAAUCCAGAAGCUUGCGUUGCUGUACAUUGCGUUGCCGGUUUGGGACGCGCACCAGUUUUGGUUGCAUUGGCGCUGAUUGAGUUGGGACUAAAGUAUGAGGCAGCUGUGGAGAUGAUAAGGGACAAACGACGAGGCGCCAUCAAUGCCAAACAAUUGUCAUUCUUGGAACGGUAUAAGCCCAAGGCAAGGCUAAAGCACAAAAAUGGCCACAAGAAUUCAUGUUGCGUGCAAUAGAUUUUCCAAAACCAUAUAAAUUCCCACCAGAUGAAAAGUGUUCAUUUUUAAAGAAGAAACAAAAUAAAACAAAAAUAACAACAACAACAACUACAACAGCAGCAGCAGCAAGAAGCAGUUAAAUGUAAAGAAACCAA